GACAAGCACGUGGACAAGAUAGAUUUACAGAAAUCAAUCACAGCCGCAUCAGUGGAAUGAGUGAGUGAAGAAAACCAUGAAGUGUCAUGAAGUAAAGUUGUCUAAUUCUGAGACUCCUUCAAAUGAAUGAAGCAUCUCAAAGGAUCUGAACCAGGAGUCGAUCAGAGGUCAAAUGCAGAAUCAUUAGAAUAAUAGCUGGAAUCGAUGGUGGAUGAAUCUCAAAGGGAUAAUCCAGUGAAGCAGCAAUUUUCUUUUAAUAAUUUAUAAUUGCCACCUGAUUCAUCAUGUGCCCGUUUCACCAUCCCUAUUUAAACAGAGCUCCUGACCACAUCUGAGUAAAGGGAUCAUCACAGGCAAUGCUCAGGUUAUUUAGUUCCAGUCUGAAUAUACUGGGUUUCUGUUUGGCAUCAGACUAGUGAUUAUUGUCUGGUCACUGGUAAUCCGUCAACUGAACUGAACUGCAACAACAUCAGUGCAUCAUGAAGAUCUUGCUGCUGAUUCUUCUGCUGGUGUCUGCUUUGACAGAUAUUUUGUGCCAGAACUUCAUCCCUGAUGAGGAUAACUGGAUGAAUGACAGGUACCCGGACGAGGUAAAUUUGCUGGAGUCUAAGCUACAGACACUGUUGGAAAAGGUCAGCCGAACUCCUGUACUACAACAGGCUUACGGUCUAAUGGGGAAAAGAUCAUCUGCAAAAUCACAGAUAACACGGAGACGGCAGAAAUUCCAGACUUUUGUGGGUCUGAUGGGGAAACGGAAUGUGGUUGAACCAGGAUCCUUCUAGGAAAAAAAGCCAAGCGCUGUGACUUUGAAGCUUUAAACAUGCAAACACUUUUGGCCCAAAUCAUCAGGCUGAAACAUCUUCUGAAAUAAAAAUAAAUAAAAAUAAGGUAAUUAGUUGAGACAUCCCAUUUGUUUUAUGAUAUACUGUAUA